CCCUUUUAGGCUGACGUCGACACAAGCUUGUUUUCUUUCUUUCCACACAUUCUCUUUCUUUUGACACGACCCUUUUUUUUGUUCAGUCAUCCCAACACGAGGCGAGAAAAUGAGUGAACAACCUUUACCUACCACUUCUGAUGGAUACAUUGAUAUUGACGCUACUAGCGCUGGCGCUGGUACUGCUACAGACACACUCACACAACGGAUAUGGGAUAUCGAUGAUCAACUGACCAAUGAUAUUGACUCCAUCGACGGAGACUCUGACAUCUCUGAAUUCUCCACCACUUCCACCCGUGACAUUCAACGUGAAUGGGAUGAAAAUAUGGAACAAGGUCGUCAGUUACUUGCCUUCGUCAUCGUCCCCUUUGUUGGUCGUUGGCUUGGCAAAAAAGUUUCUUACUGGAUCUGGACAAGAUUUCUGCAACAUCACUACAAAUUUCGUUCGAUAGGGAUGUAGAUGGCCGGAGCGUGGAACUCCAGGAAGGAAGAAACAUCUUUGACUGAUAAAAAAAAUAUCAAUGUCAACAUGAAAUACGAGCUUCCAUUUUUUUU